AUGAUGCUCAAAUAUCUUACCCCCUUACCUCUCUUCUUCACGUCCGUUCUCGCUCAAUCAGCACUCUCUUAUCCCUCCUUCCCAAACGUUUCCACUCUAGACCCCCAUCAAACUCCCAACUACACUUUCGAUGAACUCUACAACCUCACAAACCGCUUCCUCCAAAACCACAUGUACCCAAACAACAUCGCCCAAUCUCUUGCCAUAAACUCCACUCUCCUCUCUGACGAUGUCCUCGGCCGUGUCGAUGCUACCCGCGACUACGCAGGUCGCGAACUCAACACCGAAUACCUCUUCGGUCUCUUCGCCAACAUCGCGUUAAACCCUGAUGCGUUUACUCUCCUCGGCUACCCUAUCAACUAUACCUUCACCAGGUUCUUGGGGAUUGGAAAUGUAGUUUCCUUUGCCGCAAUUAUCGAGUACAAACUUCCAGUCACUGGCACCACUAUACCGCAAGAACUCGAUUUCUGGGUAACUUACAACGACAAGGGAGAGAUCUCGCAAUAUGACGGCAAUUUCCGCUAUCUCCAAUGGCAACUCACCAGCACCAUCGCCUCCAUCGCAAAAGCCCAAAACCUGUCCUCUUCAACCUCUCUCCUGCCCAUCUUGCACGCCAAACUCGCAAAUUCAAUCUGUGAAACCGCAACAACGUUUUGCAACGGCACAAAUUUGCAAUAUGCGAAUCAACAAGCUUGUGAGAAUCAUCUGUACAACGAAACAAGGUUUGGAGAUGGUUGGGAGUGGGGCAUGGAUACUGUGUCUUGUAGGAUGAUUCAUCAGAACAUGGUACCACUACGUCCAGAUGUCCAUUGCGAACACAUUGGUCCUUCAGGAGGAGGCAUGUGCGUAGACGAUAGAACAUACGUGGGCAAUCUGGAAGAGGAAUAUUUCGUAAACACGCCUUUUCUAGCUCCUGGCCUCGAAGGUGGUGUGCAUUGA